AUGGCUGAUUACUGGGGGAGGCCUGCUUUGGAUAGCCCCGCGGCCUACCAAGAAUUCCUCUUGUUUGUGAUACCCACUAGAUGUCUUUGGGACAACAAGGCAAAGUAUAUAAGUAUCACUAACGUAAUAAAUAGGAUCGAAGAUGAUAUGGGGAGAAUCAUAAAGCUGGGAUCCAUCCACGAGCCCGAUACUCUAGGCAUACGUAUCCAAGAAAACCUUCUAAAUACCGUUUCGCCUUCACUCCACGCCGAGGUCAAACAGAAUAUAGGGGUGGAUCCGAGGUACACCUACACCUACCUGAUGAAGGAGAACAUACAAACCGUCAAGCGCUUUGGUGAAUGGGUCACAGCUGGUGACUACGAGUUGACGCAGAGGACCUUCGAUGGCUUCAACCUCCUUGUGCUACAUGGUCAUAUCUACACCAUGGCCGCAAAGUACAUGUGCACCGAGCUUCAGACCUGUGCCACGAUUCACAUUCACCGUCUUCUGGUUUAUCAGCACGAAAAUAUCCAACCUUGGCACGACAUCGAGUUUAUGGGUUAUCUCGCUGAACACCAUAGUGUGGGCGAUGACCACCUUCGCAAGACAAUGGUCAAGAAGAUCGCCUUUGACAUCAAGAGAUAUGUCCACAUGCCCCAAUACGAGGCGUUGUGCAUGAAGUUCCCGAGGAUUGCACUCGAAAUCACGAAGGAACUGAUGCCAGCAACCAUCGAUCCGAUUGCACCAUUGGUUGUAAACCACGAAAAUGUGUUCAUCCUGGUCGACUCUCCUCUAAAACGCCUGAUCGCUAGGUGUCUUGUAGAGAGGCGGGAGAAACUGGAAAGGGAGAGGGUUGAAAGGGAGAGGGUUGAAAGGGAGUGGGGAGGCCAGGCUGCCCAAGGCAAUUGGUGA